CUUUCCCUCAACUCUCUAUAUAAGGCUACAAUCGAGAUUCCAACACAUAUAUGUUCUUAAGUUUAUUUUUCUUUAAAUUUAUGAAACUUUAGCUCUAUAUAUAAUACCACUUAUCACACCCAGAACUAAGGGCUUUGCGACAAACCCUAAUAAUUCACUCUUCGCUUCAUAUAUAUACAUAUGUGUCUUGAAAACAUGAAUUUUCAAGAACCAUCCAUGAAUGAUUUAGCUGAUGAGCAAGAAGAAAGCAGUUGGACCUGUUACUUCGAGGAGUUUCUAUGGCAAAAUGAUGAAGAAAUGAUCAUGAGUUGUGAUGAUGAAACCCUAAAUUCUCGAGUGCCUCAUGUUGCUUCUUCUUUGGCUAUCAACAAGAUCCGAAAUGAUCAUGAUCAAGAUAAGAAACUGAGAUUCAAGAAGAGGAAAACCAUUGGAGUAAUGGUUGAUGAUUCUUUAGAAGAUACUGCUAGUUCUCCUGUAUGUAGUCCCAAGAAGGUUGCUUAUUUUGAUCAAGUGAAAAUCAAGAACAAAGGCAAGAACACUAAAUUCAUGGACAUCUCUGAUCAGGAGAAGGUUGGGUUUUGUGAAGGAAACAAGAGAAAGGUUAAUCCAAAUAUGGAGUUGAAGAAACGUGGGCUUUGUUUAGUACCUUUAUCUUCAUUGGCCAACUAUUUUUCUUGAAAUUUUUUUUCUUUGAUGAACGGCUCUUUGAAAGUGGAUCAAUUUUUCAAAAGAAAUCCAAAAAUCUAUAUGAUGAGAUUGAUGAAAUUUAUCACUCCUGAAACAGUUCAUCAGUGAUAAUGAACUCGAAACAAGUAGCAAUUAAUCCAAAACCAUGUUGAAAUAUAAUGUGCAUUUUCAUAAUAAGCAUGGGUUAAUUUGCUUUUUAAUUUUGCUUAAUGUGCGUAUAUAUGUAAACCAUCGUCAAGAAAAUAUGUUGCAAAUCAUCAUUGGAC